AUGACAGAAAUCGGAAGUAAGAUAAGUGAAAGUGGGGCUUCAAAUGAAACCAUACAUAAUACUUCAUCUCUGAAUGAAGUUGAAGCUGACAUUGAAGCUUCAAAGAAAAGAAAAGCCAUGGAACCUAGGGCUGCUUGUUGGAAGCAUUUUGAGAAAUUCAUCGAUAAAGAUGGAGCUACUAAAACAAAAUGUAAUUAUUGUGGAAAAAUGUAUGUUGCUGUUACAAAAGCAAAGGAAGGGGUGAUUAACACUUGGAAAUUUGAUCAAGCACAAAGUAGAAGAGCUUUAGCUCAAAUCAUAAUUGUUGACGAGUUGCCAUUUAGUAUUGUUGAGAAGGAAGGUUUUAGGAAUUUCAUGAAAGUUAUAGUGCCACAAUUUCAUAUUCCUUCUAGUAGAACUUUGACAAGAGAUUGUUAUGAACUUUACAGUGAAGAAAAAAAACUCUUCAAGAAUUCUUUCAAAGAAGCACGUCCAAAAGUUUGUCUUACGACAGAUACUUGGACUCAUAAAGGUGAUGAUAUGGCAGCUUCCAUUACUAAUUGUUUGCUUGAUUGGGGUUUGGAUAAUGUGUUUACCAUAACAGUUGAUAAUGCUAGUUCCAACAGUGUUACUGUUAAAGAAAUAUCUAAGCAACUGACUAAUUGGGGAACCAACAUAAUGGAGGGUCAGCAUCUUCAUGUGAGGUGUAUGGCGCAUAUUCUUAAUCUUAUUGUGCAAGAUCGAUUGAAGGAAGUUGGUCAGUCAGUCAAGCGAGUGAGACAAGCCGUGAAAUACAUUAGACAAUCUCCUGUAAGAAUUAAAAAAUUUAAAGAAUGUUGUGAAUCUCAAUUGAUAACUUGUAAGAAAUCAUUAUGUUUAGAUGUUCUUACUAGGUGGAACUCUACAUAUUUGAUGCUUGAUAUUGCACAACACUUUGAACUUGCAUUUGAAAGAUAUAGUUUUUAUGAUAUUGGAUUUCUUGAUUAUCUCCGUACCCAUGAUUGUGAAGAUGGAACUAAAGCAGGUGUCUUCACUAGUGUUGAUUGGGAAAAUGUGAGGCCAAUGAUUAAGUUUCUUGAAACUUUUUAUACACUUACUUUGAAGGUCUCUGGUUCAAAGUAUGUUACAAAUAAUGUGCACUUUGUAGAAAUUGUUGAGCUUGAUCUUAUUUUGAAAGAGAUGACAGAAGAUUCUAAUUUGAAAAAAAUGGCAGAAAGUAUAAGAGACAAAUUCAGAAAAUAUUGGGGUGAACCAGAUAACAUGAACAAAAUUAUUUUUAUAUCAACUGUGUUGGAUCCUCGAAACAAGCUUGCUUAUGUUCGUUUUACAAUUGGUGACAUGUUUGGAAAAAUAAUUAGGGAGCCACUUGCUGAUGCAGUGGAUAAAUACAUGAAAGCUUUGUUUGAUCAUUAUGUUAAGAAAUCAUGA